GGCGACUUCUGGCAUUGCAUUGCAGAUGCGCCACAAAGUCCCUUCUCAUUUUUUUUUUAUCAAAAGAAAAACAAAAAUUCUGAUUAAAUUAAGUUUAAUUUCGUUUCAAAUCUCUUGAUUGUUCGAUAAUCGAUCAUGGCGGGGGCUACCUGGAUUUCAUCGUUGCUUUCUCGUAAAUUGGCUUCUUCUUCUUCUUCUCUGCUCUCUAAAGGGAGGAUCUCUGGAGUGGGCAGAGUGGUUUCUAAUUACACCACUGCUGCUGCUUUUGAGAACCCAAUUACUCCUUCUGUCAAAGUGAACUACACUCAGCUUUUAAUUAAUGGGAACUUUGUUGAUUCGGCAUCAGGUAGAACUUUUCCAACACAUGACCCCAGGACAGGGGAUGUGAUUGCUCAUGUUGCUGAAGCUGAUGCUGAAGAUAUAAAUCGAGCAGUUUCUGCUGCUCGCAAGGCCUUUGAUGAAGGAACAUGGCCAAAGAUGACUGCUUAUGAAAGAUCGAGGGUAUUGUUCCGAUUUGCUGAUCUUCUUGACAAACAUACUGAGGAACUUGCGACACUUGAGACUUGGGAUAAUGGAAAGCCAUAUGAACAGGCUGCUAAGGUUGAACUACCGAUGAUCUCACGUAUAAUUCGGUACUAUGCUGGUUGGGCAGACAAGAUUCAUGGUCUUACAGUUCCAGCUGAUGGCCCACAUCAUGUGCAAACCAUACAUGAACCAAUUGGUGUUGCUGGUCAAAUUAUUCCAUGGAAUUUUCCUCUUCUCAUGUUUGCUUGGAAGAUUGGACCUGCCUUAGCAUGUGGCAAUACUAUCGUUCUUAAGACAGCAGAGCAGACACCCUUGUCUGCUCUUUAUGCUGCCAAGCUAAUUCACGAGGCUGGACUUCCUCCAGGUGUUCUAAAUGUGGUUUCAGGUUUUGGUCCAACUGCUGGUGCUGCUCUUGCCAGUCAUAUGGAAGUGGAUAAGCUUGCUUUCACUGGAUCAACUCAAACUGGAAAAAUUGUCCUUGAGUUGGCUGCGAAAAGCAAUCUUAAGCCCGUAACAUUGGAGCUUGGAGGAAAAUCGCCUUUUAUUGUAUGCAAGGAUGCUGAUGUGGACAAGGCAGUUGAGCUGGCCCACUUUGCUUUGUUCUUUAAUCAGGGACAAUGUUGCUGUGCUGGCUCUCGUACAUAUGUACAUGAGAGUGUAUAUGAUGAAUUUUUAGAGAAGGCAAAGACACGUGCAUUGAAACGUAGUGUUGGUGAUCCAUUCUUGGCUGGAAUUGAACAAGGUCCUCAGAUUGAUUCAGAACAAUUUGAAAAGAUCUUGAGGUACAUAAGAUCGGGUGUUGAAAGUGGAGCAACUCUUGAAACCGGAGGGGAGAGGAUAGGGGACAAGGGCUACUAUAUUCAGCCCACCGUCUUCUCCAACGUAAAGGAAGACAUGUUGAUUGCUAAGGAUGAGAUAUUUGGUCCAGUUCAGUCUGUCCUAAAAUUCAAGGACAUCGAUGAGGUUAUUGGGAGGGCUAAUGCUACCAGUUAUGGACUGGCUGCUGGUGUCUUUACACAUGACUUAGACACUGCAAACACCUUGACCCGCGCAUUGAAAGUGGGAACAGUUUGGAUAAACUGCUAUGAUGUGUUUGAUGCAGCUAUUCCAUUUGGUGGGUACAAGAUGAGUGGACAGGGAAGAGAAAAGGGUAUUCAUUGUCUAAGCAAUUACUUGCAAGUAAAGGCCGUUGUCACUCCCUUGAAGGAUCCAGCAUGGAUAUAAAUGAUAAAUCCCUUUUACCAACUUUAAUUUCUCUUUCUUUAGUACCUCUGUUUCCUUAAUCGGCGGAACUAAAGAUUGCAGCAAUAAUUGAGGUAGGAAUAAUUUGGUGAAUUGUUGAUGAUGAAAAAGUUAAAAACCUUUUCGGGUCUCUGAAUACAAUCACAGCCAGCUGUGCUCGAUGACAAGGCAUCAACGUUGGUCAUUUGGUUCUUUUUUGCCUUUUUGCUUUCUUGCAGGAAUCAACCUUGAAAAAAAAUAAUGAGAAGCUCUAAAUCUAUCAUAACAGUUUCGUCGUGUUUGGUUCCCUGGAAUGACCUUUCCAUUCCAGCUCUGUUCUUGACGGAAUGAUCUUUCCAUUCAACCUAAA